AUGAGGCGGAGGCUGCGCCUACGAGGGGACGCCUCGAUCACGCUGCUCCUGGGCGCCGCCCUCGGCCUCCUGCUCUAUGCGCAGCGAGAUGGCACAGCCCCUACAACAAGCGCACCUCGAGCUCAAGGCUGGGCAGCACCGGGGCCCACCCCUCGGCUCCGUGUAUUCCCGGUACCAGACUCGGGUGCAGCCCUGCGGGCCUAUGAAGAGGAUACGCCAGAGCCGCUCAUGCCCACGCCCACAGGACCCUUUGACUUUGGUCGAUACCUGCGUGCCAAGGACCAGCGACACUUCCCCCUGAUCAUUAACCAGCCGCACAAGUGCCGAGGCGAUGGUGCACCUGGUGCAGGACCGGACCUGCUCAUUGCCGUCAAGUCAGUGGCGGCUGACUUCGAGCGGCGCCAAGCUGUGCGCCAGACCUGGGGUGCUGAGGGGCGUGUGCAGGGGGCGCUCGUGCGCCGGGUGUUCUUGCUGGGCGUGCCCAGGGGCGCAGGGUUAGACGGGGCAGAAGCGAAGGGGGCAGGCACGCAAACGCACUGGCACGCCCUACUCCGUGCUGAGAGUCGCGCCUACGCGGACAUUCUGCUCUGGGCCUUCGAAGACACUUUCUUCAACCUAACGCUCAAGGAGAUCCACUUUCUGGCCUGGGCCUCAGACUACUGCCCCAACGUGCGCUUCGUUUUUAAGGGCGAUGCCGAUGUGUUUGUGCACGUGGAAAACCUGCUGGAGUUUCUGGCGGCGCGGGACCCGGCGCAGGAUCUGCUUGCGGGUGAUGUGAUUGUACAGGCUCGGCCAAUCCGGGUACGAGCCAGCAAGUACUACAUCCCCGAGGCUGUGUAUGGCCUGCCCGCCUACCCUGCCUACGCUGGUGGAGGUGGCUUUGUGUUUUCUGGGGCCACACUGCGCCGCCUGGCCGGCGCCUGUGCACAGGUUGAGCUCUUCCCCAUAGACGACGUCUUCCUGGGCAUGUGUCUGCAGCGCUUGCGGCUCACGCCUGAGCCUCACCCCGCUUUCCGCACCUUUGGCAUACCCCAGCCUUCAGCCGCGCCUCACCUGCGCACCUUCGAUCCCUGCUUUUACCGUGAGCUGGUUGUAGUGCAUGGACUAUCGGCCACUGACAUCUGGUUAAUGUGGAACUUAUUGCACGGCCCGCAUGGGCCCGCCUGCGGACAUCCAUGGCCUGCUGCCACUGGCUCUUUCCAGUGGAGUCCCUAGUAACCCGUCACAGUCCCAUGCUCCCUUCAUUUA